AUGGACGUGCGCGCUGACGAUCUACGAUCACUAGAAACCCCAACUCGAGUGCUUGUUGCUUCUAUCGGGAUUCUUCGAGCUUGCCGUGAAAUUCGGAUCGCCGACCAACGGAUCGUCAAUGGAUCGACGAUCGGAGGCCGCGAACCUCGUCGGAUUGGAUUUUCCAUGGGCCCCGAGCCCGAAAUCUCGGGACCUGCCCCCGGUCAGAAAUAUAGUGAAAUCACCUUUCCUAUUCUUUCCCCCGACCCCACCACUAAGAAAGAUGUUCACUUCUUAAAAUAUCCUAUAUACGUAGGGGGAAAUAGGGGAAGGGGUCAGAUUUAUCCCGACGGAAGCAAGAGUAACAAUACAGUUUAUAAUGCUACAGGAGCGGGCAUAGUAAGUAAAAUCAUACGAAAAGAAAAGGGGGGAUAUGAAAUAUCCAUAACAGAUCCUUCGGAUGGACGUCAAGUGGUUGAUAUUAUCCCUCCAGGACCGGAACUUCUUGUUUCAGAGGGCGAAUCCAUCCAAUUUGAUCAACCAUUAACGAGUAAUCCUAAUGUUGGUGGAUUUGGUCAGGGAGAUGCAGAAAUAGUACUGCAAGAUCCAUUACGUGUCCAAGGGCUUUUGUUCUUCUUGGCAUCUGUUAUUUUGGCACAAAUCUUUUUGGUUCUUAAAAAGAAACAGUUUGAGAAGUCUAUAGAUAUUUUGACUAGGGUUGACAAAAAACGAAUAUACAGAUAUACUGUUAUUUGUAGAAUUAACAAUUCCAAUGACGCGUGGACAACCGGCAAAGAAACCGGUUUUGGUUCGGAAAGUCGCCGGGUCGAGAAUCAGUGGGUCCCGGCGCAUAUCCCCCUUUUAGGCUCUAGUAUUCCCAUACUAAUUAACAAUUCCACUGGGGCGUGGCCGAGUGGUAAGGCGGCGGGCUUUGGUCCCGUACAGUCGAAGCUAGCAGGAACCCGCUACUGCACGCAGCAUUCUUUGUAUUCUAUAGGAGCUAUGUUGCAGUCUUGA